AUUUAAGACUCGUGAUGGCUGUCCUGUCACUAGCUUUACUACUUGUAGGACUUGUACUGACUUCAGCUGCCAAGGCUGGUGAAGUAGAUAGAGAGGACCAGUUGAAGAGCCGGCUGAAAGAAUAUGGCCUGGUCACCCCCUUCAGCACCGACUCCCACGGACACUACCUGUCACACCUGCUCUCCGCCACUCACAAGCAGCGUGUUAAGAGGGAGGUGCUUGAAAACGGUGAAACUGAACAGAGGCUUUUCUUCAACAUCACUGCCUUCGGAAAGGAGUUUCACCUUCGUCUGCGGCCGAACAGCAGGCUGGUGGCGCCUGGCGCGAUGGUGGAGUGGCACGACGAGGUCCCGGGAUUCAGAAACGGCGGUGCUGGCAACGAUUCUAGCGUGGGCGCCAACCAGACUGAAUCCACCAAUGGCACGGAGAGGAUACUGCGCCGUGAGCUGCUCAAGACAGACUGCACCUUUACCGGUGACAUCACAGACGUCCCCGGGGCCUCGGUUGCCAUUAACAACUGCGAUGGGUUGGCUGGGAUGAUUCGCACCGAAUCGGAUGAGUACUUCAUCGAGCCGCUGGAGAAAGGCACUCAGGAGCUGGAGGACCAGGGCAGGGUCCACGUGGUUUACCGCAGGUCAGCUCUGCUGCAGACUCCCUUGGACAUCUCUGUGGAUUACCAGCUACAAGAACCGGAGCUCGAUGUUCCCGGGACCCUUGACUCAGUAACCCGACAGGUGAAUGAGACGGUCCAGCGCCGCAGACGGAGGGACGCUGGAGAGGACGACUACAACAUCGAAAUCCUGCUGGGAGUCGAUGACUCAGUGGUCCGAUUUCACGGCAAGGAGCAUGUGCAGAAUUACCUCCUCACGCUGAUGAACAUAGUGAAUGAGAUUUACCAUGACGAGUCUCUGGGAGUCCACAUCAAUGUGGUCCUGGUCAGGAUGAUUAUGCUGGGGUAUGCCAAGUCCAUCAGCCUCAUUGAGAGAGGCAACCCAUCACGGAGCCUGGAGAACGUGUGCCGCUGGGCCUUUGUGCAGCAGAAAGGCGAUCCCGAUCACGCCGAACACCACGACCACGCAAUUUUCCUCACUCGCCAAGGCUUCGGCCCCACAGGGAUGCAGGGCUACGCUCCGGUCACAGGAAUGUGCCACCCAGUCCGGAGCUGCACCCUGAACCACGAAGACGGCUUCUCCUCCGCCUUUGUUGUGGCUCAUGAGACCGGACACGUGUUGGGCAUGGAGCACGAUGGCCAAGGCAACCGCUGUGGGGACGAAACGGCGAUGGGAAGCGUGAUGGCCCCGCUGGUGCAGGCGGCCUUCCAUCGAUACCACUGGUCAAUGUGCAGCGGGCAGGAGCUGAAGCGAUACAUCCACACGUAUGAUUGUCUCCUGGAUGACCCCUUCAAACACGACUGGCCGGAGCUUCCUGAACUUCCUGGCAUCAACUACUCGAUGGAUGAGCAGUGUCGAUUUGACUUCGGGGUCGGCUACAAGAUCUGCACUUCCUUUCGCACAUUUGACCCGUGUAAACAGCUAUGGUGCAGCCACCCAGACAACCCCUACUUCUGUAAGACCAAGAAGGGGCCACCUCUCGAUGGGACCGAGUGUGCACCUGGAAAAUGGUGCUACAAAGGUCACUGCAUGUGGAAAAACCCUAAUCAGGUCAAGCAAGAUGGUGCCUGGGGCUCCUGGAGCAAAUAUGGUUCCUGCUCACGCUCCUGUGGAACUGGAGUUCGAUUCCGGACCCGUCAGUGCGCCAACCCUGCCCCAUCGAACAGUGGCCAGGACUGCCCAGGAGUAAACUACGAGUACCAGUUGUGCAAUACAGACGACUGCCCCAGGCACUUUGAAGAUUUCAGAGCUCAGCAGUGCCAGCUCCGCAACUCCCACUUUGAAUUCCAAAAUGCCAAACACCACUGGCUGCCCUACGAGCAUCCUGAUGCAAACAGGAGAUGCCACUUGUAUUGCCAGUCCAAGGAGACAGAAGAUGUGGCGUACAUGAAGGUGCUGGUGCAUGAUGGGACACGAUGUUCUUACAAGGACGCCUACAGCAUCUGCGUGCGUGGAGAGUGUGUGAAAGUUGGCUGUGACAGAGAAAUUGGCUCUAGCAAGGUUGAGGACAGAUGUGGGGUUUGUGGUGGAGACAAUUCUCACUGCCGCACUGUCAAAGGAACCUUCACCCGGACGCCGAAGAAAGCUGGUUACCUUAAGAUGUUUCUCAUUCCUCCUGGAGCUAGACAUGUGAUCAUCCAAGAACAUGAGGCCUCCCCUCACAUUCUUGCAAUCAAGAACCAGGCGACGGGGCAUUACAUCCUCAACGGCAAAGGAGAGGAGGUCAAGUCCAGAAGCUUCAUCGACUUAGGCGUUGAGUGGCAUUACAUCAUCGAGGGCGACGUAGAGACGCUGCAGACCGAUGGCCCUCUGCACGACCCCGUGGUGGUGCUGAUUAUACCGAAGGACAAUGAGACACGGUCGACUUUGAUGUAUAAGUACAUCAUCCAUGAAGAUUCGGUGCCCAUCAACAAUAACAAUGUCAUCCAGGAAGAGACCUAUGAGUGGGCUCUGAAGAGCUGGUCUCCGUGUUCCAAGCCAUGUGCUGGAGGGUUUCAGUACACCAAGUAUGGAUGUCGGAAAAAGGGAGACACCAAGAUGGUUCAUCGAGGCUACUGCGAUGCUGGCAAGAGGCCCAAACCCAUCCGAAGAAUGUGCAACCUUCAGGACUGCACACAGCCUCAAUGGAUCUCAGAAGAAUGGGAGCACUGCACCAAAACCUGCAGCAGCCUAGGCUUUCAGAUCCGAACCGUUCGCUGCGUACAGUUCCUGCAUGAUGGCAUGAACCGCUCCAUCCACAGCAAAUACUGCAGCGGGGAGAAACCCGAGAGUCGAAGGCCCUGUAACAGAGUACCGUGUCCUGCCCAGUGGAGGACCGGAGCCUGGUCAGAGUGUUCUGUGACGUGUGGAGAGGGGAUAGAAAGGCGUUUGAUCACCUGCCGGAUUGGAGAUCAGUGUAACGGAGAAAAGCCUGAAAACGUGAGGCCGUGCAAACCUGGACCCUGCCACGAUGAGCCGUGUAAUGGGGACAAAUCCAUCUUCUGCCAAAUGGAGGUAUUAGCGAGAUACUGCUCUAUUCCAGGCUACAACAAGCUGUGCUGCGACUCCUGCAAUAAGCGCACCGGAGCCCUGUCUAUGUUCUCGGAGGCGGCCGAGACUGAGGAACACAUUCGCUUCGGAUCAGCCUCGCAGCUCCUCGAGACAUUAACGGCCGCAGUAGCGGCCAACGGCACUCGCGGUGGGAAACAAGGCACGGGCAAAGGAUCCGCCACAUCGGGCGGUGCAGCGAAACACGUCACCACGCCUGCUCCAGUUAAGAAAACCCCAUCAAAGAUCACUACAGCACCAAGGCGGGUUCCACGACAUGUGGACCUCACUGACAGGAAGCUGUCCACCCAGGCUGGUCCUGCUCAGGGUCAAAGGUCAAGCAGUUUGAUGGACAGUCGGCAGCCUGUGGCAUAUUCUGAAGUGGAGCGAUGAAAGUCACAGCUUUUCCCUUUAGGACUCGUAAUGUACAGUAGAUAAUCCAGCUUCAUCCUGAGUCUUCUCACACCAGAAAACACUACAGAGAAAGAAAGAAAAGUGCUGGUUCGCUUUGUAAGAAUUUGACCCCGAUACGGACUCUAAAUAUCUCUUUAACCACCUGCAGUGAGCUUCCAGAUUACUGAGGCUGAAACAGCCGUGCUACUUUGCCCUCAUACUUCUAUAUUAGUAUGAGACAAAUAUGAAAUAAUUUCAAGGUGUAGGGGCACGUGAGCCACAGGGAGUUUUCAUCCGUGUCAAAUGAAAAGCUAAAUUAAGUUCAUAGUGAAUACUUUCAGGGAUGCAAAACAGCCAAAGGACAGUUCAGUAUUCAAAAGAUGUUUGUUGCUCUGACUCAUAUAUUCCCGAUGUCUGACAUUUAUUUCAUUUUAUCACCUUGUUCACUUGUUCAGGCAAAUAUUUCUCUAAUGUCACCUGCACAGUGAAAACUGAGAGAACAGGUGGAGGAACGUGUCUGCAUUCCCCCUCCGGACUGAGCUGUCGCCUGGUCUCGUUACUGAAUAAACCAGGACCCUGUUGCCUGCAGAGCAGCUAUGCUGCUGCAGAUAUGCAGAGAGAAAAUGUCAGCAGGUGCAGAGACCAGAGCUAAUUCAGCUGUGUAGCUUUAGUAGAACUCAGAGUAUGGAAAUAGAUGCAAGAAUUGGUUUAAAUGCCUCUUGUAUUUCAGUUCAUUUAAAAAGUGACUCCACUAAAGGCCAUGUUUGCCACAUUGGUUCUUUUUGGAUAAAUCUCAGCUUUACGAUGCGUUUUAAUUGAUUGCAUCCAUAUGUUAUCCCUACAUUGUGACCUUUGAGGUAGAUGUCAGAGUUUGGUAUAAUUUUAAAAUUAACAAUAGUCAAAGCCAGAUCAUCUGAUACAGCUGAGAAUUCCCACUACUUGAAUGUUACAAACUGCCAGUUUUCUUGCCAGAAAUCUAACUCUAAAGCUCGACUUACAGAAAGUUCAGCCGUUAAAGUAUUCAGUGAAAAAUUAUUUACCGUACUUUAAGUGAAUAUGAAACACGACCAGAGAUAAAUUUCCCCAACGCACUAUUUAUAAAGCUUCCUGUAAAUGCUGUACAUGAAAAUAUCAGUAUUAUUUUAAGAAAGUGGGAUGCUUUCAAAUACAUUUUUAACCAGUUCUAACAGAUGUCGGUGCCAAUGUUUACCCUUCCAGGGACGGUGCUGUUCACAUGGGUAGAAAGGGAUUAUUGACUGAUUAUUGAUAUAGCUUUCCUUUCAGAAUGCCAUGAAGAUUUCUGUUAUAACUUAAAGAAAAGUCAAAGUGCAGAGAGAUGAGAUGUUUGAUACCAUUCUGAUAUUUGCAUUGUAGGAGCAAUUAAGUAGAGCAUACAACACUCAGGUCAAAGGACCAAAAUCAUUCAUAAUACAUGUAAAAUGUGUUUUUACUUUAGCCUCACUUUUACGGUGACUUUUUGUUAACCCACUCUUCUUUAAUAGGUACACCUGUGAAAAGAAAUGCAAUCUGAUAUCAGCACACUGCUAUAAAUCCUUUUCCUAUGAAGCUUUCUGUUUGUGUUUGUUAUUGAGGUCGUAGAGGGCAGUGAUGUGGGAAGGAAGGGAGGCAGUUUAUGUAGCCUACACAUCCUCGCUGCCUGAAACCUCCAUAAUCAGGUAGAAUUAUAAGAAGCUUUGGGGAAUGUCAGCAAAGAGUGAAAAUCUAAAUGAUGAAUUGUUAGCAGAACUGCUGUGUUAGAUUGCAUUUGCAUUCACAGGUGAGCCUAAUAACUAAAGCUGCAUUAGUUGACUUUUGACCACUAGGGACCAGACAAACUCGAAAACAAAUACAGCAAUGCAGACAUUAUCUUUAACUUUUAGACACAUUAAAUAUUCUGCCCCUGCAAUGAAGUCCAACUUAUAUUAGCUCAGGAGUCCCCGCCAUCUCUCACUUUCUUCACCAUCCAGCUGUUUGUUCCAGCUGUGCUUUUAGCUUUUUUAUGAAGAGCUAAAUGUAAUCUGUGAGUACUGAGCUUGGAAAAUUGAUCAACCCUUUCACAGUCUGCCAAUAUAGAGCCAUGUUAUUCAGUUUUAAUAUAAAAAUUGCUUAAUGGCCCUUGGAGCUCGUUAGAUCCUUUCAUGAUUAGCCUGAACAAGGUGCUCUGGUACGUUUUAUGUUUGCAGGAACAAAGCUUUGUUGUAAGUACAAUAAGCUGGAAUUUUUAAAAAAGACUCUUACUGUAUGUGGAACAUAUUUCUUUCCAAAGUAUUCUCUAAAUGGCUUUUUUAAUAAGGUGGAAAAAGGUUUUGGAGACAGAAAGCUAUUUAUUUAAAAGAGGAUUUCCUUGCAACCACCAUGCAUCUGACUGCAAUAGCAAAAGGCACAGAUUUGUGUUUUCAGCAAACAAAUAGCUUGCAACUAUCCACACUCAGUCCUGUGUGCCAAUGUAUAGAACAUGUAUAUAGCAUUGAGUGCAUAAAUAUUUAUUGAAAGUUAAAGGGUUCUGCUCUGUUGUCACAGCGUGUGCAGCAGCCGGCCGAUAAGCUGCAUUGGAUAAACCAUUGAAAACUGAUCACCUCUUUCUCCGGUCAUAUUUUCACAUUGGAAGCAGAUUUGUGCUUGUUAACAAACACACUAGACUAGAAAUGACAUUGUUUUUGCAAACAAUUAGAUGUAAAUAUACAUGCUCAAUUUUGAGAUGUUUUACUUGUCAGAAAGCUGUUUUUUCACAGCUGUUUUGUAGAAGUCUUUAUCCGAGUCGUUGCAACACAGCAGCGUGAACUGACCAGACAGAUGCUUUAUUUUAACCGAUAAAACAUGAAUAGCGUAGUACCAGUAAAGCUGUUUUAUGCUGUUUGUAGUUGGCAGUAUUUUCAUUUUUCUCCCCAGUUCUUUUCACAUCAUUUACUUGCUGCCUAUAAACACUGCUGCUAAUGCUAUAGAGAGCUUGUAAUGAUAAAUAGAGUAGCCGUAGAUGUUACUUUGACAAUCCCUGAGCCUCAGACAGCUGUUAUUGCAUAGGAUUUUCCAUGUACUGUAUCAAUACCCCUGUGCUGUCCAUGCAUUGAAGUAUUGGAUUGUCAUGAACGCAAGUCACUCUCUGUUCUAUUUGCUUUACUAUGUAUUUGUGUAGAUUGAAGUGUACACUACUGAUGCUGUUUGUUGUAAUGGGGAGCA